AUGCGUGAGGUCAUCAGCAUCAACGUCGGCCAGGCUGGUUGCCAGAUCGCCAACUCCUGCUGGGAGCUUUACUGCCUCGAGCACGGUAUUCAGCCUGAUGGAUACUUGACCGAGGAGCGCAAGGCGGCUGAUCCCGACCAUGGCUUCAGCACUUUCUUCUCCGAGACUGGCCAGGGCAAGUACGUCCCCCGUGCCAUUUACUGCGAUUUGGAGCCCAACGUCGUCGACGAGGUCCGCACCGGCCCCUACCGUGGCCUCUUCCACCCCGAGCACAUGAUCACUGGCAAGGAGGAUGCCUCAAACAACUACGCCCGUGGCCACUACACCGUCGGCAAGGAGCUCAUCGACCAGGUCCUCGACAAGGUCCGCCGCGUCGCCGACAACUGCGUCGGUCUCCAGGGCUUCCUCGUCUUCCACUCCUUCGGCGGUGGCACCGGCUCUGGUUUCGGCGCCCUCCUCAUGGAGCGCCUGUCCGUCGACUACGGCAAGAAGAGCAAGCUCGAGUUCUGCGUCUACCCCGCCCCUCAGACCGCCACCUCGGUCGUCGAGCCUUACAACUCUAUCCUUACUACCCACACGACCCUGGAGCACUCCGACUGCUCUUUCAUGGUCGACAACGAGGCCAUCUACGACAUUUGCCGCCGCAACCUGGGUCUUGAGCGCCCUAACUACGAGAACCUCAACCGCCUGAUUGCUCAGGUCGUUUCCUCCAUCACCGCCUCCCUCCGCUUCGAUGGUUCCCUCAACGUCGACUUGAACGAGUUCCAGACUAACUUGGUUCCCUACCCCCGCAUCCACUUCCCUCUCGUCGCCUACGCGCCCAUGAUCUCCGCCGCCAAGGCUGCCCACGAGGCCAACUCCGUCCAGGAGAUGACCAUGUCCUGCUUCGAGCCCAACAACCAGAUGGUCAAGUGUGACCCUCGCCACGGCAAGUACAUGGCCACCUGCUUGCUGUACCGUGGUGACGUCGUCCCCAACGACGCCCACGCCGCUGUCGCGACUCUCAAGACCAAGCGCACCAUCCAGUUCGUCGACUGGUGCCCUACUGGCUUCAAGCUUGGUAUCUGCUACCAGGCUCCCCAGAUGGUUCCCAAUGGUGACCUCGCCAAGGUCAGCCGUGCUGUGUGCAUGCUCUCCAACACCACUGCCAUCGCUGAGGCUUGGUCCGCUCUGUCGACCAAGUUUGACCUCAUGUACUCCAAGCGUGCCUUUGUCCACUGGUAUGUUGGUGAGGGUAUGGAGGAGGGUGAGUUCUCCGAGGCUCGCGAGGAUCUCGCUGCUCUGGAGCGCGAUUACGAGGAGGUUGCUGCCGACUCUCUCGAGGGCGAGGAGGGCCUUGAGGCUGAGUACUAA